AUGGCGACCACGUUAAUGGGUGACACCAUCGCCGCUGAUGUCUGGAUGCGCGGCCUGCGCGAUGGCGAUGCGGCCGUGUGGAGUAGGCCCGUGCGCUCCCCACGCCUGGACGCCGCCUACGCGGCGGUGCACGGUGGCACCGGCCAACCGUUCCCAGACGACCCCCUCCUGCAGCAGCAGCUACAGCCCUACCGAGGCGGCAGCAGCAGCCGGGAGAACUCCCCAAAACUCAAACGUAACAACAGCGGCAAGCUGCAGGGCGGAGUGGAGGCGGAGGGGGACCUCCGGGCGGUGGGGCUGUGUCAGAAGCCGUUCAUCCAGUCGUACAUGUGUUCUUUGUCGUACUUUUUCAGUUUGUGGCCCGGUCCCCUCCAAUGGGAGCUCUCCCGCCUCAUGUCGGGUCACAUCCUGGCGCGGCGGGAGGUGGCACUAACCCGGGGGCGACCGCCGGACAGGUUGUACUUUGUCGUACAGGGCAGGGGUGCCUCAGCCCAGCACACGACCGUGGUGGUGUCCUCCUCCUCCGCCAUGCUGCUGUCCCUCUCCCGACCCGACUUCUCCAGAGCAUUCAAGGAGGUGCUGGAUAUACGGCAGGCUGAGCGGCUGAUGUAUCUGCGACUGCACCCGCUCAUGUCCGGACUGGAGCUCCGAGACCUGGAGGCGGCCAGUGAGGUGCUGGGGCUGGCUUUCUUUCCGCCCGGCACCCGCCUGAGCAUGUACGACAGAUUCACCAUCUCGAUGCUGGGUCCCGGCGACAUCUUCGGACUGCCGUCGACAGAACAGGCGCUGGCGUUACAGCUGCAGCAGUCAAUUGCGGCCGCCAACUCCAGCGGUGGCGGUGGCGGCGGCAGUUUGUUCGGGGGUGGGCCCGGCGGCGCCGCCGCCGCCGCGGAGGUGUCGUACAAUCCCACGUGUACGGCAGGCCUAUCGCUGGGCUCCCCCGGCGGCGGCGCCGGCAGCGCUGGUGGUGGUGGCGGCGGCGGCGGCAGUAGCUCCCACACAGCGACUGCCAAUGUCAUCAUUGAGAGCUACACCCAAGUCAAGGUGUACACCGUCAAGUACAGCGAUUAUCUACGGCUUCCAGCGUCCGUACAGCAAGUACUGCAGGCCCACGAAGCCUCUGGAGCGGCCGCCAACGCCUUCCGCUGGUCGUACUACGAGGGCCGCAUCCUGGGGCUGGCGCGCAUGGAGCACCGACGGAGGGACGCGCGGCGGGAGCAGCUCCGCCGCCACCAGAACAACGCCGCCAGGGGGGCCCGGGGGGCAGGUGACGGACCGACCCACUCCGCCGCCGCGGCGGCGGCACUGGACCUGGCGGAGCGGGACAAACAGCUCCUCAACACAAUACCCAUACUCUCCGCCAGCGUCGCGGUCGUCGGCGGCCGGGCGAACGGGAUGGAGCAACACGCCGCCAACGCGCGGCGAGCCGUGCAGGCGGCAGCGGCGGCGCAGCAGCAGGAACGCGCGAAGAUGCGGCACCGCCGCGGCGGCGGUGGGCUGUCGGACGCGGAAGGUGAUCCAGAUGCGCUACUGCCCGGUGGCGGCGCGGGAUUGCCAUCAUGGGCGCUGCCGCCAGGCGGAGGCGGUACCGGGCGGCUUGGCGGCGGCGGCACGGCGUCGUACACGAACCUUGGGACACCGCCUGCCACUGAGUCAGGCGCGGUGACGGCGCCCCAGGCGAGUACGGCCGGCGGCGCCGGCAGGGGCAAGCGAAGGUCGACGACGGGCAAGUCAGGCGGCGGCGGCGGCGGUGGCGGUGCGCUUCAGAAGGGCCGUCCGACGACAGCGGAUACGGUGGCGUCGGCGGCAGGUAACGCCAGCGUCGCCGGGAGCAUCGCCGGCGGCCAUGCGGCUGGCGGCGGUGGCGGCGCCGCCACCACCGUCGCCGGAAGCAGCAGCAGCCUGAACCCGCUGCUUUAUAAAUCCGCCCAUGCUAAGGCACUCCUUGCCGUACAGGCAGCGCAGCUGUCCCGUGUACUUGAGGCCGAGCAACGGAACUACUACGCGAACAGACAGCCGGUGCUGCACGACACUGCCGCCGCCGCGGCUGACGGCAGCGGCGACGACGUGCCGUACGCGUACGAUGGCGACGCCAGCGAUGACGAUGACGACGACGAUUACGAUGAUGACGACGGGCCACCUCCCUGGAACGGGGCGUACAGCAUGUGGCCCAAUUAUAAUAGCGACCGUCGUGGGUUCCUCCGCCCCUCCGCGGGCCCUACUGCUACUGCUACUGCGAUGAAGGCGGCGGCGGUGGGUUUGACUCCCGAUUCGGAGGUUGUGGAGACGGAGGAGCCCCGCAGCCUGGUGGUGGCGCAGACCCCCCGUCAGCGGCACAUGCUCAUGUUUAGAAACGCACAGGCGAUGGUGACGGCGGCGGCAAACUCCCGGUCCUGGGUCAGGCCAGGAUUACCGGAAGCCAUCCACUUACCGCUACCCGCUACCCAACCGGCUGCUCGGCAACCCCGACCCAGCUACGCGCGGCCUACUCGCCCUAGUUAUCACGAGGGUAGCGGAAGCGGACUGAGUGCGUCAGACGGCGGCGGCGGGGGAGGCGGCGGCGGCGCCAGCAGCGGCGGCGACCGACGAAGGUCUCCGCUCCGCGGCAUCAUCUCCGCCGGCGCUGUUGGCGGCGGCCGCGGCCUCCCAUCCCCUCUGUCCCCCGCUGCACGCGCUGCCGUAACACUGUACGACACCACCGGCGCGCCGUUGUCCGCCAGGUGCAACUCUGGCGGCAGACUGCCGCCAGCUCGUCCGGAUGACCGGUUGUCUCGGUACGGCUCCAUUGGACGAGCUAGCAGCGCCGGUGCCAGCGGCGCCCGCAACCUUAGCGCGGGAGGGGCUAGCGGAGGCCGCAUCCGCAGCGCCGGCGGCGCCGGCGGCGGCGGCAUCGCCGUCACAUCAAGCCCUGCUGAUGGCGGCGUGGUAUUGCCGCUGCUUCCGGGCGAACUGGCGUUGCCGAAACCUGGCUUUGGCCGCCCCGCCGGCGCCAGCAGCCAUACUGGCAGCUCCGCCGACGCCGCCUCCCUGGCGCUGUCGGAGCUCAGCUUCGCGCACCUCGGGGUUCAGGAAAAGAAGCCGCUGGCGGGGGGAAUCAGCGGCGGCGGUGCAGCGGGGAAAGGGACCGCCGCCGGCGCCGCCGCCGCCGCAGCAGCGGGGCUGCCGUCGGCGGCCGAUCAGACAGCGGCGGCGACCAGCAGCGGGACCAGCGGCGGCGGCGGCGAAGCCCUGAACGUUACGAUGCGUCGCCGCGGCACGGCUGCCGGUAACCCGGGGGCCGGCGGCGGCGUAGGAGGAGUUGUGACGAAUACGGGCACCGCCAGCGGUGCAUCGGUGGCGGCGGCGAGUGCCGUCAGUGCCGCGGGGGUGGCGGCCGUGGCGAUGCCGUCGGUGCCCUCAGGCGCCACUGCGGCAGCGGGUCCUGCUUCGCUGGGUCUUACAAACGGAGGGCGCCACGGCACUUCGUUGCAAGCCAGCGGCCGCGGCGGCGGCGGCGGCGGCAGCGGCGGACCCCGAGGUCCCAUGGACACGGAGUUUCCCUUGGUGGGGCUUCCGCCCGCCAUCGCGCUGGGCUACGAGUCCCUGGAUCCCUUCGCCUGGGCGGCUCUGGCGGCGCAGUGGCCCAGACCCACCUUGAAACAGCAGGAGCCCCCCGUGGGCAUUUCUUGCCUUCACACGAACACUUUGCGGACACCUCCACGGAAGUCAUCUGCUGUGGGGACUGGAAGACCUGGCAAGGGCUUAUGUAGUGGCGUUAUAGCGACGGCUCUCUUGCCCGCAUUUUCCGAAUGCGACGAUGGCUCCCAAGAGCUGCAUCACUGUAUCAUUCGUCACGCGCGGCCGACAGACAACGGCCACAAGUAAUGGCGUGUGGUGCAGUGUGGUGACGGUGCGCAUAUCCCCCUCCAUCACUUUCUCUCUCCCUCUUCUUCCCGCCUCAAAACCGAUCAACACCCGCUCCCUCGAAACAGCAGCACACGCAUGUAUGCGUGUAUGUAA